GUGAUAGAACCUAACACCCCACUAAGAUUGGCCAUCACCUCUAGGACCUAGUCUGUCUCGUUUCCCUCUGCCCAGAUUCCUCAGUAGACCCUGCUCUUGGAUUUCCCAACAGAAUCUUUAGUUAAAUGAGGCAUUAACUGAGCGGACUGUUGGAUCCCUUUGCAGAUCAUGAUUUUGGAAGGAAGUGGUGUGAUGAAUCUCAAUUCCAGCAACCAUCUUCUCCACCAACAGCCGGCCUGGACAGACAGUUACCCCACGUGCAAUGUUUCCAGUGGGUUUUUCGGAGGCCAGUGGCAUGAGAUCCAUCCCCAGUACUGGACCAAGUACCAGGUAUGGGAGUGGCUCCAGCACCUCCUGGAUACCAAUCAGCUUGAUGCCAACUGCAUCCCCUUCCAGGAAUUUGACAUCAAUGGGGAACAUUUGUGCAGCAUGAGCUUGCAAGAAUUUACCCGAGCAGCGGGGACAGCCGGCCAGAUCCUUUAUAGCAACCUGCAACAUCUCAAGUGGAACGGCCAGUGUAGCAGCGAUCCGUUCCAGUCCACCCACAAUGUCAUCGUGAAGACAGAGCAAGCAGACCCUUCUCUCAUGACCACUUGGAAAGAAGAUAAUUAUUUAUAUGACACAAACUAUGGUAGCACAGUAGAAAUGAUGGACAGCAAAACUUUCUGCCGAGCUCAGAUCUCUAUGACAACCACCAGCCACCUCCCGAUUGAUUCACCCGAUCUGAAAAAGGAGCCAGAACAUCCAACCAAAUCUCACACCAAAAAACACAACCCUCGAGGGACUCACUUGUGGGAGUUUAUCCGAGAUAUUCUCUUGAACCCAGAUAAGAACCCAGGGUUAAUAAAGUGGGAAGACCGGUCUGAGGGCAUCUUCAGGUUCUUGAAAUCAGAGGCAGUGGCUCAGCUCUGGGGGAAGAAGAAGAACAAUAGCAGCAUGACCUACGAAAAACUCAGCCGAGCUAUGAGAUACUAUUACAAACGAGAAAUCCUGGAACGUGUGGAUGGACGGAGACUAGUAUAUAAAUUUGGGAAGAAUGCCCGAGGAUGGAGAGAAAAUGAAAAUUAGGGCUGUUGAAGACAAAUCAAAACACACACACACACACACACACACCCCACUACCACCACCACCACCAACAACAACAAGCAAGAACCUCUGGACGUAAAUAUUUCAGAGACUACUUUUCUCCUAUUUAUGUACCAUAAGGGAAGAAACAAUCUACGUCUAACGGGAAGAAGGAACACUACAGUUGUUAAAAUUAUUUUGUUACUUUGAAGUAUGUCCUGUAUGGGGAAAAAACGUACACAGUUUUCUGUGAAAUAUGAUGCUGA